AACAACAUGUCGGGGUUUUUCUUGUCCGAUAGCAAAGGUUCUGCUUCAAAACCUAGAAAAAGACAAGCUAAACCGUCCCAGAUUUCUGGGUUCAGAAAUAAGAAGCAAAGGGGAAAAAAGUCUCUGACAAAAGCAGAACAUAUAGAUGAAGAUGAAUUUGGGAGUGAUUCAGAUAUUCCAAGUGAAAAAGAGGAAGACUCACCUGAAGAAGAAGAGGGCAGUGAUCAUGAGACGGCUCAAGAGAAACGACUUCGCCUCGCAAAACAGUACCUUGCACAGUUAGAGAAAGAAGAGCUAGAAAAGAAAGAGUCGGAUGACAUAGACCAUGAUGCUAUAGCUCACAGACUGAAACAGGAUGUUCUUGAACAAACAGGCAGGUUACAGAAAAGAGUGGCCUCACAGUAUACUGGACCCUCCCCCACUGCCAUCAGAGUUCUUAAAGGUCAUCAGUUAUCAGUUACCUGUCUUUGUGUGUCACCUGAUGACAAGUUUGUCUUCUCUGCUUCAAAGGACUGUUCAAUUAUCAAAUGGAACAUUGAAACAGGGGUGAAGGAGGGUAAGAUCUUAGCCUGUCAUAAGGCUAGUGAAGGUAGCAAAGGCCAUAAAGGACACAUUCUUUGUCUUGCUGUUACUUCUGAUGGAAAAUUUCUGGCUAGUGGAGGUAGAGAUAAAAUAAUUCACAUCUGGAAUCCUGCAUCACUCCAGCAUGUCCACACAUUCAAAGGUCACAAGGAUGCUGUCUCAGGUUUAUCCUUUAGGCGAGGAACUCAUCAGCUGUUUAGUUGCUCACAUGAUCGCACAGCAAAAAUCUGGAAUUUAGAUGAGAUGGCUUACAUAGAAACUCUAUUUGGACAUGAGGAUGGUGUGACGGCUAUCGACAGCCUGACACGGGACAGGGCUGUGAGUGCGGGAGGAAGAGACAGAAGUCUUAGAGUCUGGAAAGUUGUAGAAGAAUCCCAAUUAGUUUUUAAUGCACCAGGAAAUAUAGGUUCCCUGGAUUGUGUACAGUUAAUAAAUGAUGAGCACAUGGUUUCUGGUGCAGAUAAUAGCUCACUGUCCUUAUGGAGUGUGUCAAAGAAGAAGCCGUUAUGCACAAUACCUAAUGCUCAUAGUAAACCAGAAAGCAGUUCUGAUGACAGUAUUCCAGAUGAAAGUUGGAUAACAUCAAUUGCAACCCUACGAAGCACAGAUCUCUUGGCUUCGGGUUCUUGUGAUUCAUGUAUCAAACUCUGGGAAUGUGGCGAUGGAUUCAGAAGUCUGAAGCAGCUCUUCUCCUUAUCAAUGGUUGGUUUUGUGAAUGCAUUAGCCUUUUCUAAUGAUGGAAACAACCUGAUAGCUGGCAUUGGACAAGAACACAGACUGGGUCGAUGGUGGAGACUAAAAAAGGCAAAAAACUGUGUUUGUGUAAUACCCUUGCAAAGAACAGUUCAGAAUGGAGUCCAUGCUUGAAUUCUGCAAAGUUAAGAAUCAGUGGAACAUACAUUGUUAGGCUGACAGUGGCACUGAACCACAGAAUAUUUAUUUAUGCAGAUUAACAAGCUGUUGAAUAAGAUUUUGCAUUACUUAUUAUCUGACCAAUAUGGUAGUGAAAAACAUAAAUAAGAAGAUAAAUAAAGAUUAAUGCUGACAGCAACUGAGUUUUCCUCAGGAACCCUUAGCAUAUUAUUGUCGGGAUUUUGUGGCAGUGUGUGAAGGGAAUGUGACUGCUUCAUUGUGGUAAACAUGAGAUGGGGGUUGGGUCCAGACAAAUUCUGUCCAAUACCAGUCUUUAGUUCCCCAAAGCUGUUGUUCCAUAUUGAGAGAAAAAGAAGACUGCUAACA